GGUCACUUAUCUCAUGAUAUCGUAAUAUCACAACGACUUUGAGAAUUCAGCAAAAAUGUCAAAAGAACAAGUUCACCUGCCCCGUACUGGAAUCGAACCAGUGAUCUUAUCAUUACUAGUGAUACGCUUUACCACUGAGCCAACGGGGCUUGCUUGCGAGCUUGUUGGAGGAUCGUUUUCAAAUUGGGAACUUGAAGAUAGAAAGUCGUCAGUGGAAUUGGUGGUCAUAGGAUGAACCAGAUACUAGUCAUGAUAGAUGAUCAAUAGUGACCAU